GCGGCCUUUCCGUUGUGGCGGCGUGAGGGCGGCGGAGGCGGCGAUGCCGACCGGGGACUACGACUCCAAGCCCAGCUGGGCUGACCAGGUGGAGGAGGAGGGAGGAGAGGAUGACAAGGUGAUCACCUCGGAGCUCCUCAAGGAUCUGCCCCUGCCCGGCGUCCUGGGAGGCCCCAACAGCGCCGAGGCCGAGCUGCUCAAGGGAGGUCCCCUCCCCCCCCCCAAGGAGGUCGUCAACGGCAACAUCAAAACGGUCACCGAGUACCGCGAGGAGGAGGACGGGCGCAAGGUCAAGAUCAUCCGAACGUUCCGGAUCGAGACCCGCAAAGCCUCCAAGGCCGUGGCCCGGCGCAAGAACUGGAAGAAAUUUGGGAAUUCCGAGUUCGACGCCCCCGGGCCCAACGUGGCCACGACGACCGUGAGCGACGACGUCUUCAUGACCUUCAUCACCAGCAAGGAGGACCUGAACUGCCAGGAGGAGGAGGACCCCAUGAACAAGCUCAAGGGCCAGAAGAUCGUCUCGUGCCGCAUCUGCAAGGGCGACCACUGGACCACGCGCUGCCCCUACAAGGACACGCUGGGGCCCAUGCAGAAGGAGCUGGCCGAGCAGCUGGGGCUGUCCACGGGCGAGAAGGAGAAGCUCCCCGGAGAGCCGGAGCCCGUGGCCGCCCAGGUGAGCAAGACGGGCAAGUACGUCCCGCCCAGCCUGAGGGACGGCGCCAGCCGGCGCGGGGAGUCCAUGCAGCCCAACCGCAGAGCCGACGACAACGCCACCAUCCGCGUCACCAACCUGUCGGAGGACACGCGCGAGACCGACCUGCAGGAGCUGUUCCGCCCCUUCGGCUCCAUCUCGCGCAUUUACCUGGCCAAGGACAAGACCACGGGCCAGUCCAAGGGCUUCGCCUUCAUCAGCUUCCACCGGCGCGAGGACGCGGCCAGAGCCAUCGCGGGCGUGUCCGGCUUCGGCUACGACCACCUGAUCCUCAACGUGGAGUGGGCAAAGCCCUCCACCAACUGAGCCGCUCCAGUGGAUCCCAGUUUGUCCCAGUUCGUCCCAGUUCAAUAAAGCUCUGGGUUCUGGCA